CGUUGUGUCUUUCCCUAUGGAAAUUAAAAGUGAGAAGCCAUAACUUUAUCCAAAGCCAUGACUUCCUUUGCCAAUGCCAACACUCUCUUCAUCUCUCGCAUUUCCACUCCUCACAAAUGCAGCCAUCGCCGCCGCCACCACUUCCCCAUCAUCACCGCCUCUCUUUCCAUCCACCGCCGCCAUAUCGCGACAGCCCUCGCGGCUGUGAUUGGCCUGCAGGCCACAGCGCCCCUCGCGCUAGCCCAAAGCUGGGGUACCCACUCGUUCAUUAAGGAGCGGUACUUUGAGCCCGGGCUAUCGGCAGAGGAGGCGGUGGCGAGGAUAAAACAGACCGCGGAAGGACUUCAUAGCAUUCGUGAGAUGCUGGAGACCAUGUCAUGGAGAUAUGUGAUCUUCUACAUUCGACUAAAGUCGGCUUAUCUCUCCCAAGACUUGAAAACUGCCAUGUCUGUUUUGCCACAAGCUCGCCAAAAUGACUUUGUUAAGACUGCUAAUGAGUUGGUUGAUAACAUGGCCGAGUUGGAUUAUUACGUUCGCACACCAAAGGUGUAUGAGUCGUAUUUGUAUUACGAGAAGACAUUGAAAUCCAUUGAUGAUCUGGUGGCUUUACUGGCAUAGCUGCAUUAUCUUAAAAUCUUCAUCACAUAUUCAAUGCAUCAAAAGGAAAGCUUGGUCUUACAAGAUCCAAAUGCGUAGUUUUAAGAUUUUGUAGUCUUUUAUUAUAUAAACACGUGUGUAAAAAAUAUUAUUCGAUAGAUAUUAUUUCUUUCGUUUUAAAAAAAGUGAAUAUUUUUUAGGUACUUGGAUACUGUAGUUAUAUUUUUACUUGUAAUUGAAUAAUAAUUUGUCAAUGAUGAAUCAGAUAUCUUGUAACAAAUAACAAGGAAAAAUAAUACUUUCUUUGUUCACA